AUGGACGACCAAGAGUAUCUAGAAAAGCUCAAGCCCUUUCAGGAAGGGCUUCCCCCAUCGGACCCAGAAUCAAACAAAAAGCGGUACCUAAUAAAAGGCCAACAGAAGAGCGAAUUUGAUCUUGAGGGCACUAUAAAGCGGUUUCAACAUCUGCUCAAUUUGAGUGGGCUUUUUCGUCAUUUUAUAGAGAGGAAAGCCGCCAAAGAUGAAAAAUUCCAAAAAGUCCUAAAUAUUCUGGACAACCCAUCAGGUCGGAAGGGCUCUAAAGGAUCUAGCCAUCAGGACAAAAGAAGACGCAAAACCGAAACCGAGGAGGACCAGGAGCUCCUGAAGGAUGAAGAAGGGGAGGAACAAGACCAGGUCGGGUACCAGUUCCGCGAAUCGCCCCCAUUUGUCAAUGGACAGCUGAGACCUUAUCAGAUUCAAGGCUUGAACUGGCUGGUUUCUCUUCACCAAAGCAAUCUUGCGGGUAUUCUUGCAGAUGAAAUGGGUCUAGGAAAAACUCUCCAGACAAUUUCGUUCAUCGGCUACAUGCGUUAUGUCGAGAAAAAGCGUGGCCCAUUUGUGGUAAUCGCUCCUAAAUCUACUCUCAACAACUGGCUAAGAGAAAUCAACAGAUGGACCCCCGAGGUUAACGCUUUCAUUCUCCAAGGUGACAAAGAAGAGAGAGCAAAACUCGUAUCCAACAAGCUGAUGGCAUGCGACUUCGACAUUGUGGUGGCUUCUUAUGAGAUCAUCAUCAAAGAAAAGUCUUCUUUCAAAAAGAUUGAUUGGGAAUAUAUCAUCAUCGAUGAGGCCCACAGGAUUAAAAAUGAGGAGUCUAUGCUAUCACAGGUUCUGAGAGAGUUCACCUCUCGGAAUAGGUUGUUGAUUACGGGUACGCCUUUACAAAACAACCUGCAUGAGCUUUGGGCAUUGUUGAAUUUCCUACUGCCCGACGUCUUUUCUGAUUCGCAAGCUUUUGAUGAUUGGUUUUCGUCUGAGUCUAGCGAAGAAGACAAGGGCACGAUUGUUAAACAACUGCAUACGGUCUUGCAACCGUUCCUGUUGCGAAGACUGAAAAAUGAGGUUGAAACGUCACUUCUCCCAAAGAAGGAGUUGAACCUCUAUAUCGGAAUGUCUGCCAUGCAGAAAAGAUGGUACAAGCAAAUUCUGGAAAAGGACUUGGAUGCCGUUAACGGAGCAAACGGCAGCAAAGAGUCGAAGACCAGAUUGCUCAAUAUCAUGAUGCAGUUGAGAAAGUGCUGCAAUCACCCUUACUUAUUCGAUGGUGCGGAGCCAGGGCCUCCAUACACCACUGACGAGCACCUUGUUUACAAUUCUGCUAAACUCAAGGUGCUAGAUAAGCUUUUAAGAAAAUUCAAGGAAGAAGGAUCUCGUGUUCUUAUUUUCAGCCAGAUGUCCCGGUUGCUCGAUAUACUAGAGGAUUAUUGUUUCUUUAGAAACUACGAAUAUUGUAGGAUUGAUGGCUCAACGGCACACGAAGACAGAAUAGAAGCGAUCGACGAAUAUAAUGCGCCCGACUCGAAAAAGUUCGUUUUUCUGCUGACCACUCGUGCCGGUGGCUUAGGCAUCAACCUGACAACUGCCGAUGUUGUUGUAUUAUAUGAUUCCGACUGGAACCCUCAGGCUGAUUUACAAGCUAUGGAUAGAGCCCACCGCAUAGGGCAAAAGAAGCAGGUUAAGGUGUUCAGGCUGGUCACUGACAAUUCUGUCGAAGAGAAGAUUCUCGAAAGAGCAACACAGAAGCUUCGACUCGACCAGCUGGUCAUUCAGCAGAGCAGAAACGGGGUUGCUAAUAAAGAAGCCAAGAAAGGCGACUCAAAGGACGCCCUUUUGUCGAUGAUUCAACACGGUGCAGCUGAUGUUUUCAGCUCAAACAGUGGUGAUUCUAGCACUAAGGGGACGCCUCAACCAGGCUCGACCGACGACGUUGACGGAGAUAUUGACCUUGAUAACUUGCUGGCGAACUCGGAAGACAAGACGCAAUCCUUGAACCAGAAAUACGAAGCUCUAGGAUUGGACGACUUACAGAAAUUCAACCAGGAUUCCGCUUACGAGUGGAAUGGUCAAGACUUCAAAAAGCGCGCUAACAAGGACAUUAUUAGCACGGCUUGGAUCAACCCCAGCAAACGUGAGCGUAAGGAGAAUUAUAAUAUUGACGGCUACUACAAGGACGUGCUGAACCCCGGGCGGUCGACGACGCCUGCGCAACCCAAAAUGCCAAGACCUCAGCCGUUCCACAGCCAUCAGUUGUUGUCCCCGCAGCUGAAGGUCCUUUACGAAAAGGAAAGGAUGUGGAACACCAAGAAGAACAACUACGUUCCCACGCUGGAAGACGUCAAAACAACGUACGGAGAAAUCGAGGACGAGGAGGAAAAACAAGCCAAGCUGAACAUGCUUCUGCUAGCGGUUGCUAACGCCCAACCAUUGACUGAAGAGGAAGAAAAACAGAAAGCCCAGCUGGAGUCUGAGGGAUACACGAACUGGAACAAAAAUGAUUUCAGAAAGUUCAUUGCUGCCUGCGGCAAGUAUGGCCGAAACUCUAUCAAGGCCAUCGCCUUCGAAUUCGCGCCACACAAGACCGAGGAGGAAGUGCGCGACUAUGCCAAAGCAUUCUGGACAAACAUACAGCGCGUCGAGGACUACGAGCGGUACCUGAAGAACAUCGAGGCGGAGGAAGAUAGGAUCCGCCGCACAAAGCUGCAGCAAGAGGCGCUGCGCCGCAAGAUCGCACAGUGCAGCAACCCGCUGUUCGACCUGACACUCAAGCAUCCGCCCUCAAACAGCAACAAGCGGGUUUUCUCCGAAGAGGAGGACCGUUUCUUGCUGCUCAUGCUAUUCAAGUAUGGCAUCGACCGGGAGAAUGUCUACGAAUUGGUCAGGGACGAGAUCCGCGACUCGCCGCUGUUCGAACUGGACUUUUUCUUCCAAAGCCGGACGCCCAUCGAGCUCAACAGGAGAGCGAUCACGUUGUUGCAAUGUCUUGAGAAGGAGUUUAACGCCGGCGUAGUGCUCGACGACGGGAUGAAGCGCAGGCUUGCAGAGGAGGACGAAAACGCAAAAAACAUGGCGGAAGAGGUCAAGGAGGGCGCUGCGGAGGCUGGCUCGGAAGCUGCCCCGGGCCCGGGGGGCGCGGACGUAGCAGGCAAGGCCAUGGAGCCCGCACCUGCGAAUGGUGAGCUCAAUGGUAAGAGGCCCCGAGAAGAAGAGGACACCGCCGCCACCGCCGUGGCGGCGGCCAUGACCUCGACGGAGCCCGGACCCGCGGACAAGCCCAGCGUCAACGGCGACGCCAAGAAGCCCAAGACCGAGCAGUAG